GACCAACUCCUUGGUAUCUACAUGCGGGACAUGCCAUGUCUGUGAACCGCACCCCUCGCGCUUCACGAAAGGGAGAGAUCCCCCCGCGGUUUCGUACUGAAAUGGCAGAGUUUGGGUGCUCGUGGGGCGAAACCGCUGAUCCGGCGACCCGUGACGGCGUGUCAGAACUGUCGUACAGCCAAAGUGAAAUGUGAUGGCCAGAAAGAGUGCGACCGCUGUGCCAGCCGGGGCAUUGUCUGCACGUACACGAAUCCCGAGGCGGCGAACGGCGACCAUCGGUUGCCAGCACAUGGAGUGUCACCGCAAACAGGGGUAAAGACGAUUCCCGGGGAAAUGAUGCAUUUGAACAUGGUCGAUGCCACGCAUCGCUUCUCUAUGGACGGCGCGGCAUAUGACCACACGAUGGACAACAUGGGGUGGCCGAAUGAAACGACCCAUCAGCGUCUUGACGACUUUGACUGGGAGAACAUAGAUCCACUGGACGUUGGCUUCUACGACAGAAGCCAUGACUCCUUAUCAAGUGGCCUGAUGGGAUUGACACCUACGUCCAAGGAGCAGACCUUUGACCACCAAACCCCUCAACUCAACUUAGACAUCUUCCAACCUGCAACACAAACCGCGCCACCGUUUCCAGCAAACUUCACAAGCACCUUAGCCCCGUCUCCUAUCAGUCGCCUCUCGUCCUCGAGCACGCUAUUCUCAUCGUCCAAAUGCCGGUGCCGGGAAGAUCUGGCUGUUCUCCUUCCCGAAGUCAGUGAUGCCAUGCAGGGGAAGCAACCCCAACUCGACAAAAUAUACAAGAUGACGCAGAAGGUGAUACAGGGUUGUCAGGACAUCGUCGAUUGCACGGGCUGCCAGAUUGGCUGCACCGACCUGAUUUGCAUGGUCGCCAUCUUCCAACGUACAGACGCUUGCUUCGAGUACAUUGCCAACGCCGACCAGGAUAGCUCGAUCCCCAUGAGCUUCGGUGGCUUGGACGUCCCGAUCAACGACCCGAAGCUAAGAGCCAUGCUCGUCAUGAAUCUCAUCCAACAGGCCACCAUGGUUUUGGACGCAGUCAGUAUCAAGGGACAGGAUAUGUUACGAGCGCUGGGCGCUCCAUCCGCCUUGGCACAAACGAACAUCGACUAUUUGGAGACGGUGAUUCGAGAUUUUAGAGAAGUUCUUCGCAAGGCUGCUGAGUUCGCCAACUAGUGGAGAUUCAUUCCUUCAUGGGCCUAGGACGAGUUUCCUCGAAUUAAAGAGCCAGCUAUUGGACAUCUUGGCGGACCUUGGUGGUGGACGCUCUACAGGUACUAGUUUACUUAAGUGUUCUAUUCACAAUGAUCUUUUUUGAUGUACCUACUAUUCUAUUACGCUUGAUG